AUGAAUUUGAAUUCCACCUUUAAUACUCAUGUGGAACCGACUAAACAAACACUCAUGAUCUAUUCAGAUGUGGAGGAAUCUACUGUGUUGGGGGCACAAAAACAUCCCUUGUUGAGAAAAGUGCAACUUGAACGUUUGGGUCAAGGACGUGCCACUGUAGAACCUAUACAUCAUGAAUGGAUUAAACUACAGAGUAAUCGAUUAGAAAUCAUUGAAGUGCAAAUUGCUACCGCGGAAGGACCUCUUGUAGUGUUACCAACUGGGAAAACGCUCGUCACAAUAGGGGGUUUUGACGAGAAUGAAAGAACCAUCCCAUCACUGUUUCCCAUUAUUGAUAACAACCAUGUUAGGCGGAUUUCCCACACGGUAUCAUACUCCCCCUUUGCAAGGAAAGGGUUUUUCGCAGGAAUCAAUCAAACUAGCAGGGCCUACUCUCAUUCGAUCCAUUGGACAUGGGCUUCAAGCCUGUGAAAAAGGGGCUUCUUUGGAAGAUGCUUUAAGCUCCUCAGGACAAGUUUUGAAAAAAGGAUUAAAACGAAAACUCUCUGCCGGUGCAGGCGUCCUGGCUAAACGGCUGUCAAACAAAGCUAUGAAAAGAAAAUCAGACGGGUCAAAGACAUAUUCGGUGUGUAAUCAACAUGAGACGUGGACUUAAAUCCCAAUCGCGAGUAAGACACCAGCGAGCAGUGGGACGUAAUCAAUCCUUCUGUCAGAGGGGAGGAAGUAUUGCUUAUGGGUUAGGAUUACGUUUGCCUUAUCAAGUUGAACCUUGGAUGGCUUGUCGACGACAGAAAGGAGGUUCAAUUCAAAAAGUGGUCUACCCAUGGAUGACAAAAGGCCGCAAGUAUAAAAGGAGACGUAAACAGGCUUAAGUGUCAUUUUAUCAACAUGUCGUUGAACCUCUUUGACGUGCCGGACAUUGACUAUCGCUAUGAAGCGAAACGAUGGGUUCCCUUUAAACCUGUCAACACAGGAAGACGACCCAUUCUCUUUACAGUCACUUCCUCCGAUAAUUAUUAUGAUUUAAGUAAAACCAAGUUGGAAAUCAAAACCCGUCUCGAAACCACAGGCACAAGUCAUAUCUCUGCUACGGAAGGAUCUGUGUCUGAUGCCAAUAAAAGUAAAUAUAUCUAUUGCGCAAAAAUUUUGGACAUACAUUGUUUAAUCAAAUGA